AUGUCUAACCGAGAAGAUUCCGUCUACCUUGCCAAGCUCGCUGAGCAAGCUGAGCGAUAUGAGGAAAUGGUUGAGAACAUGAAAUCCGUUGCCUCUUCCGACCAAGAGCUCACCGUCGAGGAACGAAAUCUCCUUUCCGUCGCUUAUAAGAACGUCAUUGGUGCCCGACGUGCCUCUUGGAGAAUCGUCUCCUCCAUCGAGCAAAAAGAGGAAUCCAAGGGUAACGAAGCUCAAGUCUCCAUGAUCAAGGCCUACAGAGAAAAGAUCGAGGCUGAACUCGCCAAGAUCUGUGAAGAUAUCCUCGAGGUUCUCGACAAACACCUCAUCCCCUCCGCCGCUUCAGGUGAAUCUAAGGUCUUCUACCACAAGAUGAUGGGUGAUUACCACCGAUACCUUGCUGAAUUCGCUACCGGUGACAAGCGAAAAGACUCUGCCGACAAAUCCCUCGAGGCCUACAAAGCCGCUUCUGAUGUUGCCGUCACCGAGCUUCCUCCUACUCACCCCAUCAGACUUGGUUUGGCCCUUAACUUCUCCGUAUUCUACUACGAGAUCCUCAACAGCCCCGACAGAGCCUGUCACCUCGCCAAACAAGCCUUCGACGAUGCCAUUGCUGAGCUUGACACCCUUUCUGAGGAAUCCUACAAGGACUCUACCCUCAUCAUGCAACUUCUCCGAGAUAACCUCACCUUAUGGACUUCUGACAUGAACGACCCUGCAGAGAAGGAGGAGAAAGCCGAUGAGCCAAAGGAAGAAGCUGCCGCCCCUGCUGCCGCUUAA